CGCAGGUUCAACCACCCACAUGGUCCGACCUUCUCGCCAUUCCUGAAUUCGGCAAUGUGGAGCUACAUGGCGUCGGCGUUGGGCAUUUUGAGUCCCAUCGAGGGCACGGCCACCGGUACACCUCCCAGCAACCAGGACAGCGAUAUCGAGCGUUCAUCCUUUCGCUUACGCUGCCGCGGGUGGCACGACAGGUAAACGAAAGGGCGUCGGGUGAUUUAUUUAGCAACCCAAAUUUACAUUUUUUAAUUUUUUUUUUUUAGAGAGAACGAGCUUUUUCUGUCGGUCCCCAAGAACACUACGGCAUGUUGCAAUGCCAUAUUCUUCCCUGGCGAUGUGCAGGACUUCAAGGCGACCAUGGAUGCAGGCCCCUUUGCAGACUACAGUGACUACGCUUAUGAGGCCGUGGCGGAGCUGCUUAGCGAAAAGUUUGGAAGUACCUGCAAUGUGUGGGUCGUGCGGCCAAGUCGCUUCAAGCAUGGAGCCUACAGCAGCUUUGAUAACUUCGUGACGACCAAUGAAUAUGGAGCAGCUACAAAAUACGACCCGACAGCAUUUGCUACGAAGCACUUGGCGUCGCUGAUGCAGAACACGCAGGCGACGCUGAGACGGCAAGGAGUGAACGUGUCGACUGCGCUCCCGAUGCAUCUACUCGGCUUUAGCAAGGGUGGCAUCGUGCUGAAUCAGCUCGUGACUGAGCUCGUACGGUACUCGUUUAAUAAGAAACGCUCAAAUUGCGGUCAAGUUCGACAAGGAUCUGUAUUUGCAAGCACUCGACAAUUCUUCGCAGCGAUCUAUUCCAUCCAUUGGUUGGACGCCGGUAAUGGCUCCCUUGUAGGGGCUAUGCCUACGGAAGAGACGGCUCUAGCGGUGCUCUCUCGAUACGAACAACUCAGGCUGUUUGUGCACGUGACACCUUAUCAGUACGAAGCCAGGCAGCGACCAUGGAUUAAAACCGAAGUGAACAGUUUUGUCAACAAGAUGAAUGUUCUCGGCGCCGAUAUUCAACUUAUUAUCUAUUAUGAAGGCGACGAGGGCUCACUAGCAUCCCAUUUUCAUAUUUUGCAAGAUUUUGAGGCCAGCCGUUCAUUCAAAUCGAAAGGUGAAGGGGUUGUGAACUCACCAGAGCAUGCUGUACAGCCAGUUCGGAUUCGAGUUUGCACGUAAAGUUAAUUAUGAAUGCAACAUCUUCAGUACAGUCCGGAUUCUCGGUUAACCAUGUAUGUACUCAUUGCGUCUUCCACGCCAAAGGCAGGAAAAUUCAAUACUACACUUUACUAUAAGUAUAUGUAGUACGUUGGAGCCAUCAUUUUGCCGGAAUAAAACUCCAAUAUAAGCUCUAGCAAUAAUAACAAUUUCCGCAGUUUAAACACCGACA